UUUUCACUUUUCCCGCGCCCGCAAAAAUGGGGAGGGGGUAAGUAACAAAAGGCGGUCGCCAUGUCAACUGAACCCCAGUAGCCAGUUUCGUUAUUCUAUUUCACUUGCAUUCAUUCGCCAUUUCGCUUGCAAACGAGAACGUUGGUUCGAACUCCUCCACGAGACUUUUUUCCUUUAUAAUUUUGUCUUUGCCAAGGUGUCUACAGCUAUGUCUAGCCCUAUUGAUCAAGAAGUUGCUGCUAUUCGUGGGGAAGAGAAAUCCAAGGGAGGAUUGAGUUAUGAGGUUAUCUUAGCAGAACCAGUAAGCGAUCGCCCCCCUUCACCACUCACUGUUUCAACACCAACUCGUCCUCAGCCCUCUGAAGAAGAGAUUGAGAGGAAGCUAUUGGCGGCCAAGGAAAGGCGUGAGGCUAAUAGGUCCAUCAAUGAUGUGGAUGAGAAAAUCAACCAAGCUGUGCAAAAGAGGCAAGAGAUUGUCUCAACUUUUGUCACCAAAACCAAAGAAAAUUUAGAUGCGAAGAUGGAGGAAUCUCAGGAGAAGAGAGAGGCUCACUUGAACUCUCUCAAGACCAAGUUGAAGGAGCAUUUGGAACGAGUGGAAACAGUCAGGGUGACUAACGAUACCAAGCUUCAAGAGAUCCAAAAGCAAAUUGACGAGAAGCUGAAAUCAGCUGAUGAGAAGCGUGACGAAAUCAUCAAACAACUUCAAGAGAAGCUACGCCUUCACGAAGAACAUAUCAAGUCUGUCAAACAGAGCAGUGAAGAAAAGACCAAAGCCAUGGAGGAGCAAAUCCAUUCCAAGAUUCAACUGGCGGCUGAAAAACGCGAAGAGAUUGAAAAGGAGAUGCUGGAGAAGCUCAAGGAACAGGAUCGUCGCGGUGAACUUGCUCGCCAAAAGAAGGAAAAUCGUCUGUCUGGUGGGGGCCAAUGUGAUGAAGGAGAGACUGCCUCAUCCGGCUAACAUUCCGAUGAACUUGCCCAUAGAAUCGCGAAGACGUUUGAGCUUUCUUUAUUAAGUUACCCCUUUAUUUAUUGAAUUUCAUUUGUUCUGGUCAACUUGGGGUGGGUCUUUGCUAUUAAUUGUUUUAACGUUUACAAUACGUUAAAAAUUGCAGCUACAAGCGCACAUUGAACUCUUUUUUCUCUGUUUGCCUUUUCCUGUACGUUGGUUUGUCGUUUCCAAGCCAUUUUGCUAUCUCCCCUUUCUGGUAAAUUGAAAAGAGUUCAACCAUCUGUUUUAAGGUAGUCCAUUUUGCUCAAAUCGGUUACUAUAUGGUGAAUCAUAUUUUCGGCACGCUAUUCAAAAUUAUUAAUUCGUCAGUAUUAUUUAAUAAAGAAAAUCUUCGCAUUA